AUGCCGCGAUGCAACGAUCAAAGAGUGGCCAUUUCUGCGCAGUCACAGUCCGUGGCGCGGGCGCCUUUGUGGUAUUCGUGUCCCUCCAAAGGAUUGGUAUGUAUAGAUUGUUACAGAUACGGAUACUGCUUCAAGGUGGGCUGGCCACCUGUGUGGAUUCAGAAUUGUGGCAAAGUUUACCGAGGUAAGCCAGCGUGUAAUAAGGACUCUACAAACGGGCUUUUUUCUGGAUGCAGCGCAACCUUCCUUCAAUAUAACUGUCCGCCAACUACCAGCUCCAGUACUAGCACUUCAACUUCCUCCUCUACUUCAACUUCAUCUUCAACAUCAACGUCAUCAUCAUCCUCAACUUCUACGUCAUCCUCAACUUCAACAUCAUCCUCUACUUCUACAUCUUCAUCUACUAGCACUUCGACCAGCUCAUCUACAAGUACAUCAUCAAGUACUUCUACUAGCUCGUCAACUAGUACUUCCAGCAGCUCGUCAACGAGCACGUCUUCUAGUACCUCGACAAGUUCUUCGACCAGUACAACGACCAGUCCGUCCACAACUCCAAACCCCUGUGCGAAAAGAGGAGCUAUCUGCUUGGACUGCCAUACUAAAGCAUAUUGCUUCUGGCCUUAUACUGCACCAAUGGCAGCAAUAAAAUGCUCAGCGCCAACCCCGUGGUGCCGUAUUGAAACUUUAGAUCGCAUCGCCUAUUGCAGAGCUAAACCAUCUGCAUCCUGUGCUCGCAGAGGUAUCCUUGAUGAAUUUAUGGACUACAUCGUUUCUGAGUAGCAAAACUU